GUAUUAUGGACGGCACACACACAAUAUAAACAUCCAAAUAACAGCCUGUAAACCCUUCGAAAAUUCCCAUAAAAAAAGAAACAGUGCCAGUUUUGUGAAGCCAAACCAUCCAAAUUUCAAGAAAAGUAGGAAGUAAACGUCUCAGGAAUUGAUAAAAACACCAAAGACUACGAAAAAUAUGUCACACAACCAAUUGCCACUCCCCCUGCUCAACGAAAAGCUGCCCCAUUUAGUUGCUGAAAUGCAGUAAAAAACGCAUAAACAACUGCUAAAACACCACUACAAGAUGACCCAGAAGCCAGGCGAGUGGGCCAGUGCCCUUUUGGCCCGUUUUGAAGAUCAGCUGCCAAACAGAAUCGGAGCCUAUGGCACGCAGGCCAGGAUGAGCCAGGACCAACUGGUGGCCUGUCUGAUCCACAUAUCGCGGUAUCGCUUCUCCCUGGUCAUAUCCGGUCUCACUAAGAUGCUGCAAAGGGUUAAUGAGGCGGCACUUCAAAAUCGCCAUGAGCCAGAGCGUUGCUACUUCGAGUCGCUGGUCAUCAUACUGACCACUCUGGAGCGCUGUCUGACCAACCAGACCAAGGACACAGCACGUUUCGAGGAGGCCAUGAAUGUGAAGCUACUGCUGCGCGAAAUCUCGCAGUUUGUGGAUGUCCAGAGCGACAGCAAUCCGAAUGCCGCCCAGCUCAAGGCCCUGGCAUCCAAGGUGCUCUUUGCUUUGUCCCAGAAUCACUUCUCGGCGGUGUUCAAUCGCAUAUCGGCCAGGAUUCAAGAGCUGACAUCCUGUUCCGAGGAAAAUCCGGAUUACAACGACAUAGAAUUAAUUCAACACAUCGAUAUGGAUAUGAUAAAGCUAACCAAGCUGCUGCAAGAAACCAUCACAAAGUUUCGAUCGAAGCGUGCACCACCUUUGAUUUUGCUUUACUCGUUGGAGAAGGCUAUUUGGAACUGGAUUGAGUACCAUCCACAAGAGUUCCAGGACUUGCAACGAGGCACCAAUCGAGAUAUAUCCACCUGCUGGGAACCACUUAUGGACUUUGUAGAGUACUUUAAAACCGAAAACAAGAAAAGCAAGACUCUUGUGUGGCCACUCCAAAUGCUCUUGCUGAUAUUGAAUCCCUCUUGCCUCGAGGCCGUCGUUAACGAACUCCAGCAGUCGGAGAAAGAGAAAGAAAAGGACAAGGAAAAGGUUGCCUCCAAGUCCGCGCAAUCCACAUCCCGGGACAAGGACUUCUCGGCCAAGCAGUUUAUCGAGAGCAUCAAAAGAGGCUUGGGCCAACACUCACCAUCGAAACAGGUGACCGAAUCUGCGGCAAUUGCCUGUGUAAAGCUGUGCAAAGCAUCCACCUACAUCAACAACACCGACUCCAAUAAUGUAGUCUUCAAGUUGGUGCAAUUCUUUAUCAACGAUCUCAAGGCACUGCUCUUCAAUCCAGCCAAGCCCUUCUCUCGCGGACAGGGAUACAACUUUGCUGAUAUCGAGCUGAUGAUUGACUGCUGGGUGUCGUGCUUUCGGAUUAAUCCUCACAACAUCGAGGCCCUUAAAGUUUGCCUGAAUUUGUCCUCGCCGCAGGCUUAUCAUUUUGUAAUUGUGUGCUCUCUGCUAAGGUUGGCUCACAUAUACGUCGACUUCCGUUUGCAGAACAAGAACCCUUUCCGAAUAGUAAACCAACCCAGACUGUCUUGGUGGCCACAGACGGAUGUGGUUCACUACCGCUCUGCUGAGCUAAGAGCUUUGUUUACGGAUACGCUCAACAAGGCCACCCAGGGUUAUAUAGCUCACACGCCACUGCGCUAUAUAACCUCCCUGACGCUCAAAUCGAAAGAUACGCAGAAAGGUUUAACCCGCGCUGAAGAGGGUCCCGCCCACAAAAUGUUAUUGCUGCUUCUAGUACGGCUAAUUCAUGCCGAUCCUACGCUUUUGUUGAAUACACAAGGAAAAGUGGCACAUGAAGUGCAGAGCUCCACGUUGGAGCUAAUCAACGGCUUAGUAAGUUUGGUACAUCAAACUACCAUGCCAGAUGUAGCACAAGAGGCUAUGGAGGCGCUGCUCGCUCUGCACGCCCCGGAGAAAAUAGAGGUUUGGAAUCCAGAGGCUCCGAUCAAUACGUUCUGGGACGUUAGCUCCCAGGUGCUGUUUUCAAUCUCGCAAAAGCUCAUCCAACAUCAAAUUGCCAAUUACACUGAUGUCUUAAAGUGGCUGCGCGAGAUCCUUAUCUGUCGGAACACGUUCCUCCAGCGGCACAAGGAUUAUGCACAUGUGGGAAGUCAGAUUGCCAUUUGCAAGCAGGCUCACAUCAAGAUGGAAGUCGUUUUUUUCAUGUACCUGUGGAGUGUUGAUUUAGAUGCGGUGCUGACGUCGCUGUCAUGUUUUGGAUUGCUAUGCGAGGAGGCUGAGAUUUGCUGCAGUUCCGAUGAGUUGACAGUCGGCUUUAUUAUGCCGAAUUAUCACAUUUACCAGGAGCUGGCUCAGCUGUCCACAUCUGCAACGGACUCUCGCAUUUGCUUCUUUGACAACACCCACGGCAAUGUGCUGAGUCGUCUUACACUUCAAAAGCGCAUUAUGACUCUAUUGCGCAAGAUCGAGCACUGUGUCCAUGGCGUUCAGCCCGCCUGGGAGGAGACCUUUCGCAACUGGGAGGUGUCCAGCAAGGUUUUGCAAACGUACCCCAAAUGCAAAGGAGAAGAUGGCCAAGCAGAGGUCUUCCAUCGUGGCAUGGGCAAGCGGCGAGCGAGUCACCAAAGCUCAGAGCACGAUCUGGAGGAGCAAAUCAACGAAUGGGCCAAUAUGACUUGGUUCUUACUAGCAUUGGGUGGCGUCUGUCUUCACAAACGCAGCAGCAGCCGUCAAAUGCUGCUGCAGCAAUCGCAGAACAAUGCUUCUUUGGGAUCACUUGCUCAAAACUCUCUUUACUCAAGCUCCACAAGUUCCGGACAUGGCUCUCUGCAUCCUAGCACGGUUUCAUUAUCCACGCUUCCCCCAGCACCGCCACAAGAUGUCAGCUAUUGUCCUGUAACACAAUUCGUGGGCCAACUAUUGCGCCUGUUGGUCUGCAGCAACGAAAAAAUUGGCCUCAAUAUUCAGAAAAAUGUGAAAGAACUGGUGGGCGAGGAGAUGUCCACCCAGCUGUAUCCCAUACUCUUCGAUCAGGUUAGAGCCAUCGUGGAGAAGUUCUUUGAUCAGCAAGGCCAAGUGAACGUGAAUGUGACUGACAUCAACACGCAGUUUAUCGAGCAUACCAUCUACAUAAUGAAAUCGAUUCUGGAUCCCAAAGCUAACAAGGAUCCCAACAACGAUCAACCCUCGCCAUCGGAACAUCUGGGUGUUACAAGCAUCGAAGGCAUGAUGCUAGGAAUAGUGCGCUACGUUCGUCACCUGGAUAUGACUGUUUAUGCCAUUAGAAUUAAGACAAAAUUGUGCCAGCUGGUGGAAGUAAUGAUGAAGCGACGCGACGAUCUCGCCUUCCGCCAGGAGAUGAAGUUCCGGAAUAAGCUUGUUGAAUACUUGACCGACUGGGUGAUGGGCACCUCCCAUCAAAUUGCACCGCCCAGCUCGGCGGAUGCCGCUAUUCUCACCAACACAUCCCUCAUCUUUCGCGAUCUAGACCAAGCCUGCAUGGAGGCAGUGGCAGCGCUGCUUAGGGGCCUUCCUCUUCAGCCUGAGGAAUCGGAUCGAGGCGAUUUGAUGGAUGCAAAGAGUGCGCUCUUUUUGAAGUACUUCACCCUCUUUAUGAACCUGCUGAAUGACUGCAUCGACAGCUCUGAGGCGGAAAAGGAAAUGAAUAAUACCCCGCUAUUGCCUCCGCGCCCUCGAAUGGCAGCUGGAAAACUGACGGCUCUGCGAAAUGCCACCAUCCUGGCCAUGUCCAAUUUGCUGGGCGCCAACAUUGACUCUGGAUUGAUGCACUCCAUUGAUUUGGGCUAUAAUCCAGAUUUGCAAACCCGUGCCGCUUUCAUGGAGGUGCUCACUCAAAUCCUGCAACAAGGCACUGAAUUUGAUACCUUGGCUGAAACGGUUUUAGCUGAUCGUUUUGAACAACUGGUCCAACUUGUUACAAUGAUCAGCGACAAAGGAGAACUGCCAAUAGCCAUGGCUUUGGCCAACGUAGUUACUACAUCGCAAAUGGACGAGUUGGCUCGGGUUCUGGUCACCCUGUUCGACGCCAAACACCUGUUGUCGCCCCUCCUAUGGAAUAUGUUCUACCGCGAGGUUGAGGUCUCAGACUGCAUGCAGACCCUAUUCCGUGGAAAUUCUCUGGGCAGCAAAAUCAUGGCCUUUUGCUUUAAGAUAUACGGCGCGAGCUAUCUGCAAAUGCUACUAGAGCCCCUCAUUCGUCCACUGCUGGAUGAAGAGGAGGAGACCUGUUUUGAGGUGGAUCCAGCUCGUCUGGAUCCGACAGAAGACAUUGAGCAGCACAGGAACAACCUGAUUGCCCUAACACAGAAGGUGUUUGACGCCAUUAUCAACUCGUCAGAUCGCUUUCCCCCGCAGUUGCGAUCCAUGUGUCAUUGCCUGUACCAAGUGCUAAGCAAACGCUUCCCUAAUCUGCUGCAGAACAAUAUCGGCGCUGUGGGCACAGUCAUCUUCUUGCGGUUCAUCAAUCCCGCCAUAGUUUCGCCACAGGAAUUAGGAAUCGUCGACAAACAGGUGCACAGCUCGGCCAAACGAGGUCUUAUGCUAAUGUCCAAGAUCCUUCAAAACAUUGCUAACCACGUGGAGUUCUCCAAGGAGCAGCACAUGUUGUGCUUCAACGAUUUCCUGCGCGAUCACUUCGAGGCUGGUCGACGGUUCUUCAUUCAGAUUGCAUCAGACUGUGAGACCGUGGAUCAGACCUCGCACAGCAUGAGUUUUAUUUCAGAUGCGAACGUAUUGGCUCUGCAUCGCUUGCUGUGGACGCAUCAGGAGAAAAUCGGCGACUAUCUGUCAAGCAGUCGUGACCACAAGGCGGUUGGAAGGCGGCCCUUCGACAAGAUGGCUACUUUGCUCGCUUACUUGGGACCUCCGGAGCACAAGCCCGUGGAUUCGCACAUGAUGUUCAGCUCGUAUGCACGCUGGAGCUCAAUUGACAUGUCAUCGACCAACUUCGAGGAGAUCAUGGUCAAACACCAAAUGCACGAGAAGGAGGAGUUCAAGACCCUCAAGUCGAUGAACAUAUUCUACCAGGCCGGGACGAGCAAAUCUGGCUAUCCUGUCUUUUACUACAUAGCAAGAAGAUACAAGAUUGGAGAAACGAAUGGUGAUUUACUGAUUUACCACGUUAUACUCACACUAAAACCAUUCUGUCACUCGCCGUUUGAGGUGGUCAUUGAUUUCACGCACACCUGCUCGGAUAAUCGGUUCCGCACCGAGUUCCUGCAGAAGUGGUUUUAUGUCCUGCCCACGGUAGCCUACGAAAAUGUCCAUGCAGUGUACAUCUAUAACUGCAACUCGUGGGUGCGCGAAUAUACCAAGUUCCACGAUCGCAUUCUUGCGCCCUUAAAGGGAAAUCGCAAACUUAUGUUCCUGGAGUCGCCCAACAAACUUACUGAUUUCAUCGACGCGGAGCAGCAGAAAUUGCCUGGAGCAACUCUUUCGUUAGACGAGGAUUUAAAGGUAUUUAGCAACGCGCUGAAACUCAGCCAUAAAGACACAAAGGUGGCAAUUAAAGUGGGUCCCACCGCAUUGCAAAUAACAUCUGCAGAAAAGACAAAGGUCCUGGCUCACUCCGUGCUCCUGAACGAUGUAUACUAUGCAUCCGAAAUUGAGGAGGUGUGCUUGGUGGACGAUAACCAGUUCACGCUGUCUAUCACCAACGAAAGUGGCCAGCUUAGCUUUAUUCACAACGAUUGCGACAACAUUGUUCAAGCCAUCAUCCACAUCCGAAAUCGAUGGGAACUUAGUCAGCCGGACUCCGUGACGGUUCACCAAAAGAUCCGACCAAAAGAUGUGCCGGGAACGCUGCUGAACAUGGCGCUCCUCAAUCUGGGAUCAUGUGACCCCAAUCUUAGGACUGCUGCCUACAAUUUGCUGUGUGCUUUGACCGCUACUUUUGAUCUGAAGAUUGAGGGUCAGUUGUUGGAGACCCAAGGACUUUGCAUACCCUCCAAUAAUACCAUAUUUAUUAAGUCCGUUAGCGAGAAGCUUGCCACCAAUGAACCGCAUCUGACUCUGGAAUUCCUUGAAGAGUCCAUUCAGGGCUUCCAGCGCAGCACCAUAGAGCUGAAGCAUUUGUGUUUGGAGUACAUGACGCCAUGGCUGAAGAACCUGGUCAAGUUUUGUAAAUCCAACGAUGACUCCAAGAAGCUGAAGGUCUCUCAGAUUUUGGACAAGCUUAUCAAUUUAACCAUUGACCAAAAGGAAAUGUAUCCCUCAGUGCAGGCCAAGAUCUGGGGAUCGAUUGGACAGAUUCCCGAGCUGAUCGAUAUGGUAUUGGAUAAUUUUUUGCAUAAAUCGAUCACAUAUGGAUUGGGAUCACCACAGGUGGAGAUUAUGGCUGACACGGCAGUGGCUCUCGCUUCAGCGAAUGUCCAACUGGUGUCCAAAAAGGUCAUAACGCGAAUAUGCCGAGUCAUGGACAAAUCCUGCACAAAUCCCACGCAAUAUCUGGAGCAGCACAUGAUGUGGGACGACAUUGCCAUUCUGGGUCGAUACCUGCUCAUGUUGUCCUUCAACAAUUGUUUGGAUGUGGCCACAUCGGUGCCAUAUCUAUUCCACACCAUUACGUUUUUGGUAUGCUCAGGAUCCCUGUCAAUGCGAGCCUCCACCCAUGGCCUGGUGAUCAACAUCAUCCACUCGCUGUGCACAUGCACAAAUCCCUCCUUUUCAGAGGAGGCGCAGCGAGUACUUCGACUGUCCCUGGAUGAGUUCUCACUGCCCAAGUUCUACCUACUCUUCGGCAUCAGCAAGGUGAAGUCGGCAGCAGUUACAGCUUUCCGCUCCAGCUGCCGUCACCCCACAGAUAAAUGGUUGGGAAAUGAAAGAGUUACCCAACCUCUGCCCGCCGAUCGGGAGCGUUUAUCACUACCAUCGCUAGAGGUUAUCACAGAUGCCCUGCUGGAAAUCAUGGAGGCUUGCAUGCGUGAUGUUCCGGACUGCGAAUGGCUCAACACCUGGACCUCUUUGGCUCGCAGUUUUGCAUUCUGCUACAAUCCAGCCCUACAGCCUAGAGCCCUUAUAGUUUACGGAUGCAUCAGCAAGAGUGUUACCGACCACGAAGUCAAGCAGUUACUUCGCAUCCUGGUGAAAGCCCUCGAAUCUUUCAACGAUCUCAUUCUGAUCGAGGCUCUAGUAAUGUGCUUAACUCGCAUUCAACCACUGCUCCGGCCAGAGUCGCCCAUUCAUCGGGCCCUCUUCUGGGUGGCCAUUUCGGUACUGCAGCUGGACGAGAUUACCCUGUACGGCGCUGGGUUAGCUCUGCUCGAGCAAAAUCUGCACACCCUUAAGUCACAGGGCUGCUUUGAUAAGAAGGAGACCAUAGCCGAAGUCAUGAUGAAAACAAGGGAGAAGCUGGAGUGGCAUUUCAAGCAACUGGAUCACGCUGUGGGCCUCUCCUUCCGCAGCAAUUUCCACUUUGCCCUCGUGGGACAUUUGAUCAAGGGCUUCCGCCAUCCUACACCAACAACCGUCUCGCGCACCUCUCGAGUUCUGACGAUGCUACUGGGCAUCAUAGCCAAGCCCCUGCAUCGGGACAAAUUCGAGGUAACACCUGACAGUGUUGCCUAUUUGACUGCGUUGGUGGCUGUCUCCGAGGAAGUGCGUUCCAGAUGUCACGUGAAACAUGCUCUUCCCCGCUGGCCAGCCGAUCUCAGUAGUAGUGCGGAAAACGGUGAAGCAUCCGGCGGAGUGCAAGCUAUCGGCCUGCCCCUGUCACGCCGCCAAAAAAGUUGGGACAUCCUGGAUCAGUCCGCUUUGCAGUUUGCCCGCCAGCACAAGGUGCCCACUCUUCAGAACGCGCGAGUUUUGUUCAAAACUCAACGCUCAUUCUCGGUGCCGACGACCAAAGAUCCGAACAAUGCAACCGGCAUCGAAGAACGUCAGGAACGCGGUUCGCGUUCGUCAGUGUCCAACGAGUCCAACGUACUGCUCGAUCCCGAGGUCUUGCCUGAUCUGUCCAUCCAGGCCCUGGUACUGACUGUUUUGGCCACCUUGGUCAAGUAUUCUUCGGAUGAGGGCGAAACGCGCGUUUUGUAUCAGUAUUUGGCUGAAGGAUCGGUGGUUUUUCCAAAAGUGUUUCCAGUCAUCCAUUCACUGCUGGACCAAAAGAUAAACAAUAUCUUGUCUGUGUCACACGACCAAGUGGUGCUCAACUCUGUGCAGAACAUUAUACAAAAUAUGCUAGCCAGCGAAGAUCCUUCCCAGCAGCAGCUGCACUUCCUGCAGAGUUGUGGUUUUGGCGGACUCUGGCGAUUUGCUGGUCCCUUCACCAAGUACAAUAUGAUGGGUGAGUCCUCGGAGCUGUUUGUCAACUGUUUGGAGGCCAUGGUUGAGACCUGUUUGCCAGGCGACGAGUCCGCGCCGGUGCCACCUUCUCCGCGUCCAUACAACCUGAGCUCCAGUCUGAGUAGCCUGACCCUGGGAUCCCCCACGGAUAAAGCAUUCUCAUCGGAAUCAUUAGAUUUUUAUGACAAUUGCCCAGGCAGCGUCAGCAGCCUGCGACGCGCCUCACACAGCAAAUCACGCGCCAAACAUCGAAUUAACGACAGUCCAUCACAUUGAACGUUCCACAAGUAAAAUACGAAAAUAUUCAAACUGCAAUUUAAGACAAAAUAAGAAUAGCUGAAAACAAUGCAACAAAAUAACACCACGAUUGGGAAACAUAUGUAUUUCGUAGUUAUAUAAGCUUUGCCAAAUGGAAUUAUUGUCCCAACACUCCAAUCGAUUUCACAUUUGUAAUAACGGACAAAGUACCCAAUAUGCAAAUUGUUAAUCUCAAAAAGAAAGUCCAAUGAAAAUUACACAAAAUAAUGCACCUAAUCCUACACGCAUUAGCAAAUUGAUGUUGAAGAUUUGAGAAUUAUAUUGAUGAUAUAUCUAGUACCUUGAAGCAUUUACAACAUAUUUUCGACAUAAUGUAGGUGAAUUCCGAGCACCUUUUGUAGCGUAGAGUAGUAUUGUCAUAUUUGUUGUUCGAAAAUUAAAACCAAAUAUAACUCACGAUAGCUGAAUUAUAACAGAGAUCCACAAUAUAUUUCUGAUAAAUGCAUGCCAAGAAUAUAUAAAACUAAUGCAAUUUAAAAUAGCUGACAACCUUUAGUUAUCAGUAGCUGCAAAUUUACCUAAGAACAAAUACUAGACACAGAAAAGACAUCAAGAUUUUAUAUAUUUUCAUUGACAACUAUAUUUUAUACGAGCCAAUAGAUAAUUGAAGUAAGUCUAAGUAAAUUUAAUAAUCUUCACUGCUUUUUUGCCCUAAAUUUCCUAUCGCCCCAA